AUGGAUGUUGAUAUGAUUGUUCGAAUGGGUUUCUUUAUUAAUGAUCUACAUCGUGAUAUUCAACGUCUACAUUCAGAACAAUCUGACCGUCGUAGAUCACGUAAAACAUUUAUAGUUUAUCGUGGACAAGGUCUCUCGAAAGAUGAUUUCACUGAAAUGACAAAAACUAACGGUGGACUUCUUUCAUUUAACAACUUUUUAUCAACUAGUAAAAAACGUAAUGUAUCUCUAAAAUUUGCCCAAGAAGCUGCUACAAAUCCUGAUCUUGUUGGAAUACUGUUUGUUAUGUCCAUUGAUCCUACUAAUUCAACAGUUCCAUUCGCUUCUGUUACUGACGUUAGUUAUUUUCAUACGGAACAUGAGAUUCUUUUCUCUAUGCACACCAUUUUUCGCAUUGAAGGUAUUAAACCAAUGAAGGGAAAUGUUCAUCUCCAUAAAGUAAAGUUAACAUUGGCCAAUGACACUGACCAAAAUCUUCGUACUCUUACUGAUUGUAUACGACAGGAGACCUUUCCAGAUUCGAAAGGAUGGGAUAGAUUAGGAUUACUGCUAAUUAAAAUGGGUCAGUAUAGCAAGGCUCAAGAAGUUUAUGAAGUUUUACUUCAUCAAAUAACACACGAAAGUGACAAGGCGCAUAUUUAUCAUCAAAUAGGUUCUAUCAAAUAUAAUCAAGGAAAAUAUCAAGAAGCACUUACAUAUUAUGAAAAAGCAUUUCCUUCCAAUCAUCUUAGUUGGGCUAUGUCCUAUAACAAUAUUGGUUUGGUGUUUUACGAAAUGGGUGAUUAUCCAAAAGCACUUACGUCUCAUGAAAAAGCCCUUGCCAUCAAACAACAAUCGCUUCCUUCCGAUCAUCCUGAUUUGUCUAUGUCUUAUAACAAUAUCGGUUUGGUGUAUUACAAAAUGGGUGAUUAUCCAAAAGCACUUUCUUAUUAUGAAAAAGCUCUUGCAAUUCAGCAACAAACACUUCCUUCCAAUCAUUCUGAUUUAGGUGUUUCAUAUAACAACGUUGGUAGUGCGUAUUCCAACAUGGGUGAUUAUUCAAAAGCAAUUUCAUCUCAUGAAAAAGCUCUUGCAAUAAAACUGCAAUCACUUUCUUCCGAUCAUUCUGAUUUGGCUGUGUCCUAUAACAACAUUGGUUUGGAGUAUUAUAACAUGCAUGAUUAUCCAAAAGCACUUUCUCACCUUGAGAAAGCUCUUGCAAUCAAACAGCAAUCACUACCCUCCAAUCAUCCUAGUUUGAGUAGUACCUAUAACAACGUCGGUUUGGUGUAUGAGAAUAUGAACAACUAUGCAGAAGCGCAUUCAUUUUAUGAACAAGCUGUACAAAUUGGACAACAAUCAUUACCAACAAACCAUCCUGAUCUUAAAAUGUAUAGAAAAAACCUUGAAAUCAUAAAAAAGAAAUUAUAA